AUGAAGGCCUUUUUCGGACUUGGCGCUCUUGCAGCCCUCUGCCAGUCGGUAUACAGCCUGGAGAAUGGUCUCUACACGAUCGGAUCAGCUAUCACUGGUGGCUCUUUGGUAUUGACCGCCCAUAGUAGCUCGCCUGGUAUACCCCUCGACUUUACUGAGAACCAUGGAGAUUCCAGUCAGGUUUGGGACUUCUCUUCAAGUGAUGGUCAAUACUUCUUGGUCAAGAAUCGACUUGGCGCGUACAUCAACUGCGAGGAAGGCUCUGUUUGUUAUACCGGCGGUUCUCCUCAGGCAUUUAUCCCGGAGUUCGCGGGCGAUGGCAAAUAUGAGCUUGUUGCACAGGGUUCUGGGCUAUUCCUGCGUGCCGAUGACCAGGGACAAUUGCUGUUGGUUGAAUAUGACCGGAGUCCUAAUGAGCAGUUCUUCUUGUCCCCGGCUCCAGCUCAAGAGUAA